UUGUUGAAGGGGACCUUAAGAAUUGAGGAUAUCAAUUCACCUGGAAGAUUCAACCACUGCUAUUCAGAGCUGCUGCUGAAAUACCAUGUCUAAGAACUCAGAGUUCAUCAAUCUCUCAUUUUUAUUAGAUCAUGAGAAGGAAAUGAUCUUAGGAGUUUUAAAGAGAGAUGAAUAUUUGAAGAAAGUGGAGGAAAAGAGAAUAAGGAAGCUGAAAAACGAACUCUUAGAAGCAAAACAUAGAAGUGGGAAGAUUCAACAAGAGACCAGCAGAGUCUGUGUUUACUGUCAGAGAAACCUGGGCUUAAUAUUUGACCGGGGAAACCCAUGCCAGGCCUGCUCACUGAGGGUGUGCAGUGAGUGUCGGGUGUCAGACUUUGAUGGCAGCUGGAAGUGCACUGUCUGUGCCAAAGUCAC